AUGUCUCCUGUCCAGCAAUACUGGCUUCCGGGGUACGGGCUAUCCCGCCAUAUUGUCUUAGGCCAUAUCCAUUACUUCCUUGGACCAAGUGCAACAGGACGUGAAGGUUACCUCAUCAAUGGAGUGCCACUCACGCGGGAACAAAUUGAUGAUCUUGCGGUAAUGUCUCGGGAGUACGAGAAGCAAGAAGCUACUCGAAUGGCCCAUAAUUCCAGCGGUGGCUCCAUUUCUAGCUCCAGCAGUGGUAACUCAGCAACUCAAUCUGAGCCAUACAUCAAUGAAAUCAUCCUUAUCAGUCAAACCGGACCACGCAGGCAACUAGACUCACGAGGCGGUCGUUGA